AUGGCACCACUGCUGAUUCUCCUGGCCUUUCUCGUGCCUCUUGGAGCUCAGGCAGAGGAGAUCAUCGGGGGCCAUGAGGUCAAGCCCCACUCCCGUGCAUACAUGGCAUUUGUUAGGUCUCUGAAAGAUAAUGGGAAAAGGAGUCGCUGCGGAGGCUUCCUGAUACAAGGCAACUUUGUACUGACAGCUGCUCACUGCAGGGGAAGAUCAAUGACAGUCAAACUGGGGGCCCACAACAUCAUGACACAGGAGCAGACCCAGCAGAUAAUUCGUGUGAAAAAAGCCAUUCCUCACCCUGACUAUAGUCCUGAAGACCUCAUCAAUGACAUCAUGCUGUUAAAGCUGGAGAGAAAGGCCAAGAGGAGUAAAGCUGUCAGGUUCCUCAAAUUGCCCGGGGCCAAUGCCCAAGUGAAGCCAGGGAAUGUGUGCCAUGUGGCUGGCUGGGGGAUAACAUCCUUCAAUUCUACUAAAGCAUCUGACCUCUUACAAGAGGCUGAACUGAGCAUUCAGGUGGACCAGCAAUGCCAGAAAUUCUUCCGUCACUACUCAGAGACAACAGAGAUAUGUGCCGGAGACCCUAAGAAACUACAGUUUGCUUCCAAGGGUGACUCUGGAGGACCCCUCGUGUGUGAUAACAGAGCUUAUGGAGUUUGUGCUCGUAGUAAGAAUGACUCUGCUCUAACCAUCUUCACUAAAAUCUCCCCCUUCUUGCCUUGGAUAAACAGAAACAUGAAGCUCCCCUAG